UAUUAUGCUGUGAACAGAAUCAUGAUUUCUGGUAUUGUUUUCGAUAUCACAGAACGAUAAUACGAUACCGAAUGAUACCAACCAUCGUCACUAGCGCACCAAAUUUGAAGCCACUAUCAACACGUUUUUCUUUUUCGUCAUUUUUCAACAGUGUUCAUCUCCUUAUCAAGCCUUUCCCAUUCGUUUUUAUUAUUAAAUUAAUAAAAAUACAUACCAAUAUUACUAAUUUACUGUUAAUUUAUUAACUAAACUACCAGUCAGAAGUCACGAUGUUUACUUUUCAUCCGUUGACCGUCACUUACCUGUAGCAACAGCCCUACUACGAUUCCGAUUUCCGACAAACGGCGUGUCGUCGGAGUUGUCCGGUCUGACAAUUCAACAAUUGUUACUCAACCUUUAGUGUGUAUUCUACUUUCACUGUGGUCGCAUGAACGGUGUCGUUUACAAGGCAAACAUUUCUAUUUAACUUCAUAAUAUUCGCAUUUCGCAAUAUCCAGGUAUAAUAUUGGCGUUCCGCAUUUGCCAAUUCUGUCCACCGUUUCCAGAACGAGCAUCCGAUUUCUUCUACUCACGCUUUUUCGUGUAAAUUUUGGACUGCGCAGUUUGUUAAAAUGUCUAUAGCCGAAUUUCUGGAUGGAAUGCCAUCCUUUGACAAACGCAAUUUUUCCCGCUUUCAUUCAGACAAUGGUCGAAGUAAACGUGUACCAGUUUACAUAACAACAGAUGAUCAACCUUGCGACCAAAUUAUUGUUACUGACAAGUCAAAUUUAUUACUUCGGUAUUUACAUAACCAAUGGGAUAAAAAGCAUGGAGGUAAAAAAAGAGAAUUGGUUGAAACCGGUGAAGAAUCUGCUUCAUCAUCUAGAAAACGUCCAAGAGUAGAUGUAUCUAUAUUGUAAAACUAUUUGUAAUAAAAUAAUUCCAAUGUAAGUAA